AUGGUUUACCUUUCACUGUGUCUGUUUUUGCCAUUGUUGUGCUCCACUGAGGGGGGGACACUGCAGACGUUUGGGGCCUUCAAUCCAACCACCUGGGUGAUGAAGAAAGUUUCGAGGAGAGAAAGCCCGACCCUGCCGCCACCGUACCUGCAUCUCCCGGUGUUUGUGGACUCCAGGCUGCCGCUGGUGGAGAAGGAGCAUUUCUCUCCGGCCAAAGGCACCGGGCAUGAACCUUUACCUGAACCCGUCCGAGAGGUCCUGCUACCGCCGGUGCGGCCCAACACGAGUCCGCCCAGCACUUCGGGUGUUUCUAUGAAGACUUCGUGCAAAUUUAACAAAAUGCGUGUGCAGGUGUCGAGGAGCGUUUUGGGCGCCGGUGAAAAACAGUCUCAGCUCAAACUGGGGACAUGCAAAGCCAGUAAAUCUACAAUGGAUUAUAUUUAUUUUGAAUAUGACCUCGGUUUGUGUGGCACCAAACGCAAGAUGAUUAAUAACCGAGUGGCCUAUUUAAACAUAUUACAAUAUGACCCACUGAUGCUCCAAGGACCAAUCAGACGAGCUGUGCCCUUUGUCCUGCCUGUUGCAUGCUAUUAUAACAGGUACCAAUAUUCCUACAAAAUCGGCUACACACCAAAGAUGCGGAUGCGCAAGAUCUUCAAACCAAUGAAGAACAGAGCAGAAUUCAUUCUGACUGCACAAAAUGCUCAGUGGGAGAGGCUUUCUCCAUCAGACCAGUACUUGCUCGGAAAGCCCAUGUACUUUGAGGCCGAUGCUCCAUCCAUGUCCCAAGACGAAAGACUUUACGUGCAUUCAUGUUAUGCGACUCCUGAGAAGUCCCACAACUCCAUGCCACAGUUUCCAAUUGUGAAUAACUUUGGGUGUAUGGUUGAAAGCAAAGAAGGUCAUUCCAGAUUCAUCCCAUACAAAAACCGUGCAGUGAGAUUCUCCAUGGAUGCUUUCUUGUUCAAGGGAAUGACAGGCCAGCUCUACAUGCACUGCACAAUGUCUGCUGGCAGUUCUGUCCCCACUCCUACAGCCAAGUCCUGCAACUACGACACAAAAGCAGGAAGAUGGGUUGAAUUGCACGGAUCAGACUCGGUGUGCGCCUGCUGCGACUCCAGUUGUAGCUCUACUGCCUCCACUGGUGAGUCAACACCUCCCCCAGUUUAUAUACUAAAACGCAUCAGGAAGAUGGUUUCCACCACAACAAUAACAAAAACAACAACUCCCCUGCUGAAGACGACCAAACAGGUGACUGAAAGGAUGACGUCUUCACAGCCUGAAGCAACUGCAGCGACACUGAUGGGUAAGGUGGAGGACACAGUGAGGGAGUUGGAGUGGCCGUUCGGAGGUGGAGGAGUGAAGUGGGUCGAGGUGGAAGGUGGGGAGAAGCAGGUGAAGGGCUCUGCUGUUGUGGAGGAGGAGAAGGAGGAGGAGGUGAUAGAGCCUCGCAGAACAUUUGAAGAUGUGUUUGAUUUUGACAAAUAA